AUGUUGCGUGAGCUAGGGUUAGGGUUUUUCUUCCUUGCUGUGAUUCCAUUACUGGUUUCGCGGCUUGUGUAUAUAGCCUUUGACUUCGAUCCUCUUCUCGAUCAUCGUGCUGUUAAUUCUCCCUUGUUCUUGAUUGCUUUUGUUCUUCUUGUCGCCUUCCUCACGAUCGCGUUGCGUCGCAUUUUCAGCAGCCCACUGCACUAUAUGCUUCCAACUAAGAGACCUUGCGAAGUACUGGUUGCAACAGAAGAGGAGACCGACAACAGCGACAUCAGCAGCAGCAGUUUCCCUAAGAAGAAUCGGAUCGUGGCCGGAACCGCCGAUUCCACGGUGAAGAGCGACGAAACCACCGGCCGGAGCUUCAACAACAACAACAGCGGGAACACCGGUGAGGGAGUGUCGGCCAUGGCUUUGGGCGAAUCUAACCCGCCGGACAUAGACGAGGAUCUCCACAGCCGUCAGCUCGCCGUGUAUGGUCGAGAGACCAUGCGGAGGUUGUUUGGCUCCAGCGUUCUUGUCUCCGGGAUGCAAGGCCUUGGCGUCGAGAUUGCGAAGAAUCUCAUUCUUGCUGGUGUCAAAUCUGUGACCUUGCAUGAUGAGGGGAUUGUGGAGCUGUGGGAUCUGUCCAGUAACUUUGUGUUUUCAGAGAGUGAUGUUGGUAAAAAUAGGGCAGCAUCUUCUGUUAUUAAGCUGCAGGAACUCAACAAUGCAGUGAUCGUCCAAAGCUUGACCACUCAGUUGACAAAAGAGCACCUUUCUAAUUUUCAGGCUGUUGUUUUUACUGAUAUCAGUCUUGAGAAAGCCUGUGAAUUCAAUGAUUAUUGUCGCAGUCAUCAGCCUCCCAUUGCCUUUAUUAAAAGUGAAGUUAGGGGCCUUUUCGGUUCUGUUUUCUGUGAUUUUGGGCCUGAGUUUACUGUUGUUGAUGUGGAUGGAGAAGAACCCCAUAGUGGUAUAAUUGCCUCCAUAAGCAACGACAACCCUGCCCUAGUAUCCUGUGUUGAUGAUGAGAGGCUUGAGUUUCAGGAUGGAGAUCUUGUUGUAUUCUCUGAAAUUCAUGGUAUGAAAGAAUUGAACGAUGGAAAGCCUAGAAGGAUUAAAAAUGCUAGAGCAUAUUCAUUUACUCUCGAAGAAGACACCACAAGUUAUGGCAUGUAUGAAAAAGGUGGUAUUGUUACGCAGGUCAAACAAUCAAAGGUAUUGACCUUUAAGUCGCUCAGGGAAGCACUCACUGAUCCUGGUGAUUUUCUUCUGAGUGAUUUUUCUAAGUUUGACCGCCCACCUCUUCUUCACUUAGCAUUCCAGGCUUUGGAUAAAUUCAUUUCUGAGCUAGGUCGCUUCCCUGUUGCUGGUUCAGAGGAUGAUGCACAGAAGCUUAUAUCUGUUGCCAGUGAAAUUAAUGACAACACAUCUGAUGGGAAAUUAGAAGACAUAAAUCCAAAACUUUUACGAAACUUUGCUUUUGGUGCUAGGGCAGUAUUGAAUCCUAUGGCUGCUAUGUUUGGUGGAAUUGUUGGACAAGAGGUUGUCAAAGCAUGCUCUGGCAAGUUUCAUCCUCUAUUUCAGUUCUUCUACUUUGACUCUGUGGAAUCACUCCCUUCAGAACCAGUAGACCCAGAUGAUUUCAGACCAGUAAAUGGUCGUCAUGAUGCUCAGAUUUCAGUAUUUGGACAGAAAUUACAGAAAAAAUUAGAGGAUGCUAAAGUUUUUGUUGUUGGAUCUGGUGCUUUGGGCUGCGAAUUUUUAAAAAAUCUUGCUCUCAUGGGAGUUUCUUGUGGAAGUCAGGGGAAGCUCACUAUUACUGAUGAUGAUGUGAUAGAGAAGAGUAACCUAAGCAGGCAGUUUCUUUUUCGUGAUUGGAAUAUUGGACAGGCUAAGUCCACAGUUGCUGCUUCUGCUGCUUCAUCCAUAAACCCUAGUUUUAAUAUUGAAGCUCUACAAAAUAGAGUUGGCACAGAAACUGAAAACGUGUUUAAUGAUACCUUCUGGGAAAACUUGAAUGUUGUUAUAAAUGCAUUAGACAAUGUUAAUGCAAGAUUAUAUGUUGAUCAGAGAUGCUUGUAUUUCCAGAAGCCUCUUCUUGAGUCUGGAACUCUUGGAGCCAAAUGUAAUACUCAAAUGGUCAUUCCUCACCUGACAGAAAACUAUGGUGCAUCAAGGGAUCCACCUGAGAAACAGGCACCAAUGUGCACUGUUCACUCAUUUCCUCACAACAUUGACCAUUGCUUGACAUGGGCACGAUCUGAAUUUGAGGGUUUACUUGAGAAAACUCCAGCUGAAGUUAAUGCAUAUUUGUCUAAUCCAAUUGAAUAUACUAGUUCAAUGAGAAAUGCUGGUGAUGCUCAAGCAAGGGAUAACUUGGAGCGUGUUCUUGAGUGCCUGGACCGGGACAAGUGUGAAACUUUUGAAGAUUGUAUCACUUGGGCUCGGCUAAAGUUUGAGGAUUAUUUUGUCAACCGUUUGAAGCAGUUGAUAUAUACUUUUCCUGAAGAUGCUGCAACUAGUACUGGAGCUCCUUUCUGGUCUGCACCAAAAAGAUUCCCUCAUCCACUCCAGUUCUCUGCCUCUGAUUUAGGUCAUCUAAAUUUUGUGUUGGCAGCUUCAAUUUUACGGGCAGAAUCAUUUGGUAUCCAAAUCCCUGACUGGGCUAAAAACUCUAGGAAGGUGGCUGAAGCUGUUGAUAGGGUGAUAGUACCUGACUUUGAACCCAAGAAAGAUGUGAAAAUAGUGACAGAUGAGAAGGCUACCAGUCUCUCUACAGCUUCUAUAGACGAUGCAGCAGUUAUUAAUGAUCUAAUAAUUAAGUUAGAGAGGUGUCGGGCUAAUUUGCCGCCAGAGUUCAGGAUGAAACCAAUUCAGUUUGAGAAGGAUGAUGAUACAAACUACCAUAUGGAUGUGAUUGCUGGGCUUGCCAACAUGCGGGCCCGGAAUUACAGUAUUCCUGAGGUAGACAAGCUCAAAGCCAAAUUUAUUGCUGGACGGAUCAUUCCUGCAAUUGCAACAUCGACAGCCAUGGCCACUGGUCUUGUUUGUCUGGAGCUCUACAAAGUUUUGGAUGGAGGGCACAAAGUUGAAGACUACAGAAACACAUUUGCUAAUUUGGCACUGCCUCUCUUUUCAAUGGCUGAACCAGUUCCACCGAAGAUUGUCAAGCAUCAAGAUAUGAAUUGGACAGUUUGGGAUAGAUGGAUUGUUGGAGAUAAUCCUACCCUGAGGGAACUUCUUGAUUGGCUGAAGGCAAAGGGCUUGAAUGCUUAUAGUAUUUCAUGUGGAAGUUGCCUCCUGUAUAAUAGCAUGUUCCCUAAGCAUAAAGAGCGAAUGGACAAAAAAGUUGCAGAUCUGGGAAGGGAUGUAGCCAAGUUGGACAUUCCUUCAUACCGUCGUCAUUUGGACGUUGUUGUGGCAUGUGAGGAUGAUGAGGAUAAUGACAUUGACAUCCCUCAAAUAUCCAUUUAUUUUCGUUAG